CGGCAAUCCCAUCCAGCAGUGGCUUCAUAGACUUUGUUCAGUUAGGACUGCAUCUUUCGCCCGAAAACAUGUCAGUUCCGCCAUAUCGCCACUUCACCCAAAUUGGGGACCCUGUUCUGCGCCAAAAGGCCGAGGAAGUUUCCCCGGAGGAAAUCGACAGCCUGGAAAUAGACCAAAUUAUUGACCGCAUGGUAAAGGUGUUACGUCACUACGACUGCGUGGGCGUGGCAGCGCCCCAAAUCGGAAUCCCUAAGCGUAUUAUCGUCAUGGAGUUCCGAGACGGCAAGCAAGAGCAAUUUAAGCCGGAAAUCUACGAGGAGCGAAAAAUGUCCACGCUGCCUUUAGCCGUCUUCGUUAAUCCGGAGCUGGAGAUAAUCAGCAGCCAGGUGAACAAACAUCCCGAGGGCUGUAUGAGUGUGAGGGGCUAUUCCGGUCAGGUGGAGCGGUACGACAAGGUCCGAGUCCGGGGAAUCGGCAAGCUGGGCACUCCGUCAGAAAUGGAACUGGAGGGCUGGAGCGCACGGAUCGCCCAGCAUGAGGUGGAUCACCUAAACGGAAUCAUCUACGUGGAUCGAAUGGAUAUCUCGACCUUCAACUGCAACACCUGGGACCAAAUCAACGCAGCCGAAGGUCGCUCUGCCAUUUGGUUCCAUAAAUAGUAAUCCUAGUGUACACAAUAUUACUACAUUUACUGAAUUUAACAAACAAUUGUUUUAUACUAAAGUAACGCCUUUUUAAUGUU